AUGGAAUACUCUAAAAACUUUGUUAAACUACUUAAUCGCAUUGGAAAUGAAGAAAGUUUUGAAAACGUAGUGUGGUUUACAGAAAAUCGAUUCUCUUGCCUUGAUGAUACAAAUAUAUUGCAGACUACAGAAUCCAUACCUAAAGUAUUUAUUAAUAAUAGAAAUAUAUUUCCACUUCGAGAGAAAUUUAACUCACAAAUGUUGGCGGUGGUAUGUGUAACUAAAUUAGAGGAGUUUCGCUUAGUCGAAGUGGUAGCAGUUAACUUCAAUCAAAUGCGCAGUGCUAGAAUUAUUAUCUUAGCCUUCUGGAAAGAAGUAACUGUGGAUCAUAUACAAAACAUUUUUCAGCUUUAUAAUCAAAACUACUUAUUAAAUGUAAUUUUAUUAGUCAACAAUUUUUCUCUAACUGACAACUAUUACAGCUAUCAAGCAUUUCCUACUUUAACUGUAGAAACUCAUAAUCUAUUCGAAGGUAAACUUUUUUACAUUAAUCAUCUAUCAAAUCUACAUGGACAGCCACUUCUUACUUAUCCAGAUCAGUUACAACCACGUACUUUACUCUUUCGUAAUGCAAAAGGAAAUAUUGAAAUGAUAGGCUAUAUUGGACGUUUGUUGACUACAUACGCGCAAAAAAUUAACGCCACUCUUACGUUCUCUCAUGAGAUUGAAAUAGGAAAAUCAAUCUUUUUCACAGUUUUAUUACAAAUGACACAGAAUCGAACAUUGGAUAUACCAGCAAGUAUUGCUUCCCUUAAUGAAGUCAGUGAAUUGAAACAAUAUUCAAGGUUUAUCGAAAUUUCAAAAUGGUUUCCGAUGGUGCCAGUAGCUGAUCCAAUUCCACGUAGCAAUAUAUAUGCACUACUAUUUUAUACAAAAAUGGGUUUAGUUCUCAUAGGAUUUUAUAUAAUUUUUUCAACACUAUUGACAGUGCAUAAAUCACUUUUUAGUAAACAGAAAAUUUAUCGUAUUUUGAUGGAUCUUAUAAUUAAUGAACAGACGUUAUUAGCUCUGCUCAAUAUUGCGUAUCCUCGAAUGUAUAAGUUUAAUAGCUUUAUACGACUAAUGAUAAUUCUAUUAUCUAUUACUGGUUUGGUAUUCAGCACUACUUUUGCCACUUAUAUGUUAAGUUUUCUGACUUCAUUACCAUUGGAAGAGGAACUUAAUAGCUUUAAUGACCUUAAACGUCGGCAUAUGACAAUACUCGAAUCUACUUGGGGUGCAAAUUUAUUGGAACUUUAUGCUGGCAAUGAUUUAAAUAAGUCGAUGGGAUUUGCUACUAACAGUGCACUUUGGUCGGUAUAUGAAGAACAACAGAGAUAUUUCAAUCGAAAAAUGUUUCGCACAGCGCCAAAAAUGUAUUUUAGCAAUUUUAUGAUAUAUGCACUACCACUACCGGAGAAUUCCAUAUUUGAGGAGUCUCUUAAUCGAUUUAUAGGUCAAAUACAUGACACUGGUAUAUUUAAGCAUUGGUAUUUAUCAACAUUUUUUGAUAUGAUCACAGUUGGAGUUAUGUCGUUCAAGGAUUUCAGCACGCCACUUAAUUUUGAAGCAGCCACAGUUGAAGACUUUUAUUGGAUUUGGUUGUUUUGUGGGUGUGGACUCAUCACCAGCAUAUUAUUGUUCAUAGUUGAGUUAAUUUGGAAGCAAUGCAAUUAA